AAUACGACCAGUACGUGACUCGUUUUGCCUUCGCCAUACUUUACGCCCAAGUGUGACACCACCCUAUGGAACCCAAGCAUAAGGGAGAGGGAGAGAGAAAGAUAGAAGCAAAGUGAAUACGAAGAAAUGCGUGAGUAAGGGAAGGAGAAACAGAAUUACUGUGGAUCUGAUUCUAACCACACGUUCAGUCGUUGACGAAGCAUCGAAACCGUUGGUUCGGCACAGUAGUUAAUUGUGAACGUAUUUCGUAGAAGAAACAAAAAUGGUCAUCCAAAUUAAGAAUGCCGAUGAUUUAAAAAGUCAGCUUGAGAAAGCUGGAGACAAUUUAGUUGUAAUUGAUUUCUUUGCUACUUGGUGUGGACCUUGCAAGAUGAUUGCACCCAAAUUGGAAGAGUUAUCAAAGAAAAUGGACAAUGUUGUCUUUCUAAAAGUUGAUGUAGAUGAAUGUGAAGACAUCGCUAGUGAAUAUGAAAUUACCAGUAUGCCAACUUUUGUUUUUAUCAAAAAUAGUAAAGUGCUGGAGACUUUCUCUGGUGCUAACUACGAUAAACUUGAAAGCACAGUUGAAAAGAACAAGUGAAUAAAUAAUUUUAAUAAAAGUAUUUUCAAACAGAA